AUGAUUACUGAUAAAGAAUUAAAGAUAAAAAUGGAUUAUGUACAUCAAAUGUGUUCUGUAUCUGCACAUAUGCCACGCGAUCAUGAAAAAAUGCUUAGCAAUAUCAUAAGUAUAACAAAAAAUGCGUCAUAUGAACAACUGGUAACUUAUGAACCAAAUGCUAUUAUUAUAUGCACCCUUAAACUCUUUUUUUAUUAUAAUGGAACAUUAUCUCACUCUGACAAUGUGUGCGAAUGGAAACGACGAAGAAAACGUCGACUUGCGAAAGAGGGUUAUAAUAACUUAUUGCAAGUAUAUAUUCCUAAAAAGCCUAAGGAAAUUCUUGAAGCUGUGUUUAAUAUGAUUUAUGAAGAUAAACUUUGGGAAUUUGAAUCUUUUUGCUUUGAAAUCAUGCGCAAUCUGUUGGAACAUGGUGUUGGUGGGUCAUUAAUGGUUCAUACCAUAUGGAAUAAAAUUGAAACUCCAAAUAUACACACAGAGGGUACAAGAAAUAUCAUAAGAAUAACAUAUGAAUUGUUAGAUGUCUAUGAUUGGCCAGAUACUUACGAAACAGUAGUAGUUAUUGAAAGAAUUUUAAAUCUCUUUUACAUUUGUAUAAGGACUGCACAAACAUCGAAUAAUUCUGUACAAUAUGCAAUACUCAAGAAGGGUUUAGAAGUCUGUAUUAUUAACAUGGUGAAACAUCUGUGCAAUGAUCAUCUUCUUGUUAUAGUUCAACAUAUGUGUUCAUGGGUUGUAGAGCAAGGAAUGACUGACGAAACUAUUUUAGAAUUUGGUAGUACACUUGAAUAUACAGCUUAUAUGCAUGAAAUAACAUUAUAUGAAAAAACUCUAACACCAAAGAUAUUUCCAUUAUUAAUGCAAAUGAUAGCAUCAACAAGUAAAAUAACCAGUUUAUUAGGCAAUAGAGUUAUACAGUAUCUGCUUGAUAGAAAAGAAAAUAAAAUGAAUUUUGAUACACCUAAAAUAUUUUUUAAAGAUACUCAAUUUGACUUGAAAAUAGGUCCAUGUUUUAAAGAAGAUAAAUUGUUCUGCAAGCUUCACAGAGAAAUUUUGCAUGAUAGUCUUCUAAAAAGUAUUAUAAACCAUUGCUCAUCACGUAUGAAUUUGGAAACAACAUAUUGUACUAUUUGUUUGAUUGCUGUAGAAGUACCAUGUGGAUUUACAGCAGCAGCUCUAGUUUGUCUUCUAAUGAAUUUACAAGAUUUAACUUUGAAACAAAGUAAACAUCAUACUGAAGUAUCUUAUCAUUUACAUGCAACAGUGAUAGCAGUUAUGUCUCUUUUAUGUUGGAUUCAUAAAGCUAAAGUAUUUUAUGAGUAUGUGAAUAAAAUAAUGAUGGCUAGAGCACAAUGGGCUCCACAUUUAAAUCCACCUAUUCAAUCGCAAUAUAAUUUUGCAGCACAUCAUAUCCUUUGGAACAAGCCAGACUUGUUUUUUGUAGAUUGGGAAGCACGUUAUGGUUUAUGGAAAUGCUUUCGUUUACGCGAGACUGAAGAAGACAUACAAGAAAUAUGA